AUGCACUAUAUAUCUUGAGCGGAGUGUUAAACCCCUGCCUUCUCUGUUUAUACUUCCUCUCUUUUCUUCCCUAUUUUUGGCUUUAUACCUCUAAUUAUAUUGUUCUAAUUAUAUGGUAGAAAGAUCUACUUCCCGCCAAAAACAACAAAGAAAGUAAUCUCUUUUUCUUUGUUCACUCAUCAACUUGUUUCUCAAAUCAUUUGUAUCACUGCAACUUUUUCCACACUUAAAAACUUUUUAUACAAUAAUAUUGGUCACUAUUCACUCACUUCAACCAGUUCUUGAUUGUUUUAGUACUCCUUUUUGAGCUUAUGAUGAUUUUUUUUUGUGCUCUUUGAAAAAAAUAUCUUUUAAAUCGAACUGUAACUUUAAGUUUUUGGUAUACCAUGACGGAAAAUUCAGUUCCGGUGAUUAAAUUCACUCAACACAUAGUAACUACAAACAAGCAUGUUUUUUCUGAGCAUAACGAAAAAUCCAAUUCAGAGUUACAAAGAGUUGUGAGGAUUAUACUUACAGAUGCCGAUGCUACAGAUUCUUCCGAUGAUGAAGGCCGGAAUACUGUACGGAGAGUGAAGAGGCACGUGACGGAGAUCAACCUUAUGCCGUCAACCAAAUCGAUCGGCGACAGAAAACGAAGAUCGGUGUCUCCGGAUUCUGACGUCACUCGUCGGAAAAAGUUUAGAGGCGUUCGUCAAAGACCGUGGGGUCGUUGGGCUGCAGAGAUUCGGGACCCGACCCGGGGAAAACGGGUGUGGUUGGGUACUUAUGACACCCCAGAAGAAGCAGCUGUCGUUUACGAUAAAGCUGCAGUUAAGCUCAAAGGUCCUGACGCCGUUACCAAUUUUCCGGUAUCAACAACGGCGGAGGUAACGGUGACGGUUACGGAAACCGAAACCGAGUCUGUUGCCGACGGUGGAGAUAAAAGCGAAAACGAUGUCGCUUUGUCACCCACCUCAGUUCUCUGUGACAAUGAUUUUGCGCCGUUUGACAAUCUAGGGUUCUGCGAAGUGGAUGCUUUUGGUUUCGACGUUGAUUCACUUUUCCGGCUGCCGGAUUUUGCUAUGACGGAGAAAUACUACGGCGAUGAAUUCGGCGAAUUUGACUUUGACGAUUUUGCCCUUGAAGCUCGAUAGUGUACGAGGGGCUAUUUCGUCCAUUUUUGCAAAUGGGUUCACUGGUUAGUUGACUAGUGACGUGGCAUUUUUGGCGGGAAUAUAUAUAUAGUGAUUAGCAGUCUCUAUUCAUACGAAGACUUUGUGAGAGAUUUUUGUUUUUAUUUUUCUGUUAAUUGUGGGUGAAUAUUGUAAUAUGAAAAAUUUUGUAUGGUGAAAUUGAAUUAAUUAACGAUGAAGAUAAGGAGAGUGAAGGGGGAUGUGUGUAUUUUAUGAUUGAGGUGUGUUUUUGUGAUUCUGAAAAAAAUAAUUUAUUAUUUUUACGUUGGAAAUAUAAAGUCAAAAUUCUAUUGAAAA